AUGGAUCCCAUGGUACCAAAAGUCGACAACUUGGAUCGUGUCUAUGAAGGUGCCUCAAAAGGGCUUGCUGUGCCCCCUAAACUCGAACAACGCUUCCACAAUCUGAUCCGGUCCUUCAACGAUAAGUAUGGCCAUAGACCGGAGUUUGUAUCACGAAGCCCCGGCCGGGUCAACAUCAUCGGUGAACACAUUGACUAUUCUUUGUACAACGUACUACCAGCAGCUGUUACUGUUGAUGUCCUCAUCGCCGUCCGAGUGGUGAAAGACACCAGCGGUCUCGAACCCCGCAUCCAAAUCGCCAACAUAAAUCCCACCAAAUAUCCCUCCCAAACAGUCACCAUUCCCCCCUCUGGGGAGGUGCAAGUCGACAAGGAACACCACUCCUGGGCCAACUAUUUCCUGGCUGGCCUGAAGGGCUCGUUGCCGUAUCUCCGCAAGAAGCUUGGCGAUUCAUUCCAGGCCCAUGGCAUGGAGUUAUUGAUUGAUGGAAAUGUUCCAGCUGGCGGUGGGCUUUCAAGCAGUGCUGCUCUCGUGUGCGCCUCUGCUCUCGCUGUCAUGGUGGCAAACAAUUACGACAUUUCGAAGGAGGACUUAUUAGAUCUCUGCAUCGUGUCGGAACGCGCAGUUGGAGUGUUCUCUGGCGGUAUGGAUCAGGCUGCAUCGAUCUUCUCCGAGAGGGGUUACCUCCUUUAUUGUCACUUCUUUCCCACCUUUGGUGCUGAGCAUGUCCUGAUGCCAGCAUCAGAUCCCGAAGUUACCUUUCUGGUUGCACAGUCCUUCGUCACCUCUGAUAAAGCGGUCACCGCACCCAUUCACUAUAACCUCCGGGUCGUGGAGUGUACUCUUGCCACUGUGGUUCUUGCCAAAAUGCACGAUAUUGCGUUGAACCCGGAUAAGAGCCCUCUUGGAUUCUGUUUGCGGAAUUUCCAGGAAGAGAUCAUGAAGAAAGAAGGCCGUAGGGACGAGCCACUCGAAUCUCAGGUGGAUGCCGUGAUUCGGAUCAUAAAAUCGAAACUUGAGAGAGAGAGCUAUACCAGAGAAGACAUCGCACAGAUCUUGGAGAUUUCGGUGGAAGAACUCGAGAAUCGUUAUAUGUCCAAAUUUCCUAUCCGCGCCGACGGUUUCAAAUUGACACAACGUGCCUUGCAUGUAUUGGAAGAGGCUGGCCGUGUCCUGAAAUUCCGGGACACUUUGACGACGUCAGGGAAACUGGAUAAUGAGAAGCUCCUGUAUCUCGGGACCCUCAUGAACCAGAGCCAAGCCUCCUGCAGGGAUGUGUAUGAAUGUUCUUGUCCUGAAAUUGAUGACAUCUGUUCUAUCGCGCGUAGGGCUGGAGCUUAUGGGACUCGGCUCACCGGAGCCGGCUGGGGCGGUUGCACUGUGCACCUGGUGCCGCAAGAUAAAGUCGAAGCUGUGACGGAAGCCCUUAAGAAGGAAUAUUAUUUCAGGAAGUUCCCUGAUAUUAGCGACGAGAAGCUUCAGGAAGCCAUCGUCAUUUCCAAACCGGGUCAAGGGUCAUCGCUGAUCGUGGGCUCCGCACUCGACGUGUGA